AUGCAUGACAAGUACCUUAUGAAACUGUCUGAUAAUUUGCUCUUAGGUGCUACAAUCCGUUUUUCGAAGAACGGUUGGCUUUUGUUGUCUAGCGGAAAGAAAAUUGUAUUCUUUUACAAUCCCUUUACAAGAGCAACCAUUCGUCUUCCGGAUUUACCAGAUGGUCAUACACUUGGUGGAAUAUCCUUCUCGUCUUUAGCAACUUCUCCCGGUUGUGUAGUCAUUGCCAUCUCCAAUUGGCAUGACUGGGUUCGUCAUUCAGAUAUUAGUUUCUUGGUCACUGAAACGGGAAAGAGUGCAAAAUGUUGGACGACUACUCCUACUCCUAGUUUCGACUAUGAAUCUUUGCAAGAAUCUGGAACUACAGGCACCUCUAUGCACGAUUUUAUGCCAUGCAUUAACAAUCCAGUUUUCUAUAAAGGGGACUUUUAUUGCUUAGAUUAUAAUGGAAUGUUAGGGGUCUUGAGCGCAAAAGGUGAUGAUUUCAGUUGGAAAAUACUUCCAAAGUCCCUAAAACAAUUCAGUGCCAUCUAUCCAAGUUAUUUGGUGGAGUGCGAUGAUAAGCUUUUACUAAUUAACGUAGGACAGAGUGGAAAGUCGAUAGAAAUUUAUAGAUUGGAUGAACCCAAGAUGGUUUGGAUUUAA